GUUUAAUUCUCUCUACGGCAACGCGCAGGGUUUGAGGAUGUCACAUUUAUCGUGACAUUUGUGUUUUGUUGACUGAAGUUCCUAAUUAUUGUGUUGUGAUCCUACUGUUAUUUGGUAUCGUCUAUUAUGAAACCCUUGAUUGACGGUAUAAUUAGAGUGGGAUCGGAUUUGGGUUUUAUUGUUGCUUUGAUAGUCACCAAUACCGUUCUGCAGAAUGUUGAUCCGUACAAAAGAGGAUACUUUGUUCAAGAUGAAUCAAUCAAAAAACCAUUUAGACAGAACACUAUCUCAAGUACUGUCCUUUAUGUAGUUUCCUCACUACUAAUACUGAUUACGAUAGUUGUCGGUGAAGUAAUUGUUAGUGCAAAAUCUUUAAGAAAAACUCAUCAUAGAAUACCGGUGGUUUUAUAUCCAAUUUAUGAUUCUCUCAUUGUUGCUUGUUUUGGCUACUUUGCUACUAUCGGUCUUACGGAUGUAGGUAAAGUUUCAUUUGGUCGUCUCCGUCCAAAUUUUCUUGAUGCAUGCAAACCUUCUGACCUUCAAACAACGAUCUUGGGUUUUGUUGGUAAUUUUACUUGUUCAUCAGAUAAAUCGAGUGGCCUGAGAAAAUCUUUCCCAUCUGGACAUACCUCCAUCGCAAUAUAUACCGCUAUAUUUCUAUGUCUUUAUAUUCAACUGAGAUUUUCACAUUCUCGCAUGUAUCCAGGUGUAAGAACAUGUUUUCAAAUGAUUUAUGUCGCUCUUGGAUUAGUUGUUGGAUAUUCACGUAUUAUCGAUAAUAAACAUCAUUGGUCUGAUGUACUUGGUGGUGGACUAUUAGGAUUUUUCGUAGCACUAAGUACUCUAUAUUACCUACCGUAUGUUGGAGACACUGGAAAUUCUCUGCCUACUUACAGAGAUGAUCAAGUGACAGUGGAAUUUGAAGUACCUGAGAAUUCGGUCUUCAGUCCAACUGACAAAUCUUCACAAUAGGCUGUAUAUCUCAUGAACAAUAAUCAUAUGUAAGAAGAUAACCAUAGUAACUACUUUCUUUUUUUUAUAAAUUCCAGAACAAACAAACAAAAAAUGGCUCAAAUAUUAUUUACCCCUUAUUUUUACUCAUCUCAUCUAUUUCAUCAUAUCUUAUGGAUGAAUAAUCAUAUUUUUCCAAUUUUUAUUUGAAAAAAACUUUUUUCUACUUAUAUCCACCGACUCCCCCCCUCCCCUUUGUUUGGUUAUCAGAUUAAUUAUGUAAAAAUGUUUAUACUACUUAGAACUGUUUUAUAAGUAGUCGUUGAUUUGGUUAUUUUGUAAACCUUUCUUUUUAUCAAAACAAACAAACAAACAAUAAUGAUUAUUAUUAUUACUUUAUAUUAAUCAUUAGACUUAUAUUUAUAUAUGGCAUUUGUAUUAGAAUUAAAUGGUGAAAUAUCAUUUUUAUCAAAUGAGGUUACAUAACAAUCAUGGGGUAAGCUAGAAAAAUAAUUUAUGAAUUAGAUCAUAGUUGUAUGGUUGUGUGUGUGUGUGUUUUCUGUUUUCAUACCUAUCCAUUGGACUAUUAUCUAAUCUAUCCAUUAGUUUCUUUUUUUUACUCUAUGAUUAUUAUGUAAUCUUAGUUGAUAAGACGAGUUUUAAAUCCAUGAUAUAAUGUAAUCUUUUCUAUCCUUUUUAUAGACUUAUAUAUUUUCCAUAUAUAUAUAUUAUAUAUACCUUUAUUUGAACAUAUUCUUUUGACAGACAUAGAGAGAGAGAAAGAGAGAACCAUUCAUUCAUAUUGUACUUUAUGUUUUAUUUAAUAAAACAAUUGUAUGAACUA